CCCUGAAAUUGUCAACCACAUUUUUUUUUUUUUUUUCUGGUUUUAAUUUUGUUUAUCUUAGUUGCUGUGCAAGCAAUAUAAAUAGCGAUAUGCCGCGAAGCGUUUUCAAUCGUUUUUUUUUUUUGUAGAGAGAAAUUCCACACACAAACACAUAGAACAAUUCCGAAAGACCCAAAUCCCAAAUCAUCAAACUGGGUUUGAGAUUCAGAGCUUCAGUAGCCAUGGCGGAGGAGUUUCAGAGCACUGGAAACUGGUGGGACGCCUCUAGAAGCCGCUACGAAGCAGGAAUAUCCCCUUCUUCCUCCGCCAUAACUACUUUCGUCGACCACCCCGACGCCGGCGCCGGCGCAGGCGACCCCAAUUUGCACAUCAUGGGCUUGGGCCUCGAUUGGAACCAACCCCUCUUUCGGGGCGGCGGAGAGAAGGGGGCGGAGAGCAGUUUCCGGUCGAUGCUGCAGCCGGAUAAUAUGAAUUUGAAUAUGCAAGAAACAGGGCAACAUCACCAACACGAACAACAACAGAUUCAAUGGAUGAGAUCGGAGAAGCUAUAUUCAGGGGAAUCUCCAGCGACUGAAUUCAAGCCAAUAAACAGAGGGUUUUCAUUAGAUCACCACAACCAGCCUCCGCCACAGUUCAGCCCUUCUCACUACAGCACCGGCGACAGCACCGUCACCAGUUUUCCAAUCGACAGCGCCGCCGCCGCUUUGUACGUAAACUCCACAACACUAUUACAAGGCUUAUUAGCCGGCGGAGGCAGCGAGCAGCAGCAAGUCUCAGGAGCGGGUAUGAACUUCCCAUACAAUACCCAUUUCGGGAUGAACUCCAGCGAGUUAAUGGCGGCAGCAUCAUGGUCUAACUCCACAGUACCUCCGUUCUUAAGAAACUCACCACCAAAAGGAGCAGCACCGACGCCAGCACAGAGUCAGUUACAGUUUUCUAACAACACAGCAUUCUGGAACGCGUCAGACAUGAAAGACGCAAGGGCGAGUUAUGUUCCGGCGUCGUACAACGGUGCAGCCUUGGCGGGCGAUAAAUCAAAGAGUACAUCAGAGGGUGGAAAGAAAAGUGGGAAUGAUCAGAAUCAACAACAAACGGGUGGUGGUAAAAGGCCUCGAAAUGAAACGGCGCCGGGGUUGCCAGCGUUUAAGGUGAGGAAAGAGAAGAUGGGGGACAGAAUCACUGCGCUCCAACAACUGGUCUCACCUUUCGGAAAGACUGAUACCGCUUCAGUGCUGUCUGAAGCCAUUGAAUACAUAAAGUUCCUCCAUGAACAAGUCAGUGUAUUGAGCACUCCAUAUUUGAAGAGCGGAGGUGGUGCAGUCGUACAGCAGCAGCAGCAGAAAUGGUGUGAGAAAAGGAAGGAAGGAGAAGGAAAGGAAGAGGAUCUAAGAAGCAGAGGGCUUUGUUUGGUUCCAGUUUCAAGUACAUUUCCGGUGACCCACGAAACCACCGUCGAUUUCUGGACUCCAGGCUUCGGAGGAACCUUCAGAUAAGACACCAAACCCCCUUACUAUUAUUAUUAUUAUUAAUACUCGAUUAAAACUAGUACAUAUCUUAUCAUAACCCUCCAUACCAACAUUAUUAUUAUUAUUAUUAUUAUUAUUAUUCCUGGAUUUUGAUAAGAUCACCCGGGGAAGUGUACUAGUUCUU